GAGAGAGAGAGAGAGAGAGAGGGGAGAUUUCGAUCGGUUAGGGUUUUAGGCGCGAUCGAGCGAAGAACACGGAGGAUUUCUCUCUUCUUCUUAUUCGUCUUCAAUCUCCGGAUUCCUCUCUCUGUUUCCCCUCGCAUUAUCAUUUCGCGCCAAAAAAUUAGAGAGAGAAAGAUAGACAGAGGACGAGGAAUAGAAAGAGAAAGUAUAACAAAUCAUUGAUACUUAGGGAUUCGAAUUUUUUGGAGGUGAUUGUAGGGGAAUAAGAGAUUGAUUGAUUUUUUUUAGGGAUUUUGUACAGUUGCAUUGGUGAUUAAGGUUUUGUACAUUCCUUGAAGAACGGAUCAGGAUUCGUCAUGGCUUCUCAUAGCAUUGCAGUAGGAUCUCAAGUUUGGGCUGAGCAUCCCGAAGUAGCUUGGAUAGAUGGGGAAGUCUUGGAAGUUGAUGAGGAUGAUAUUAAGAUCAGCUGUAGUUCUGGAGAAACAGUCACAGUUAAAGUGUCUAGCGUCUAUCCUAAGGAUCCUGAUGCGCCGUCUUGUGGGGUUGAUGAUAUGACAAAGCUGGCUUAUCUCCACGAACCUGGAGUUUUACAGAACUUAAAGUCAAGAUAUGACGUGAAUCAAAUUUAUACUUAUACUGGAAGUAUAUUGAUUGCUGUGAACCCAUUCCGUAGACUGCCUCAUCUCUAUGACCCUCAGCUCAUGGAAAAAUACAAAGGGAUUCCACUUGGUGAUCUCGACCCACAUCCUUUUGCUGUUGCAGAUGCUGCAUACAGACUAAUGAGAAAUGAGGGGAUAAGCCAAUCUAUUCUAGUAAGCGGAGAGAGUGGUGCAGGUAAAACAGAAAGUACCAAGAUGCUUAUGACGUAUCUUGCUCACAUGGGAGGGACAGUUGCAGCUGAAGGGCGGACGGUGGAGCAGCAAGUGUUAGAGUCCAAUCCUGUUCUUGAAGCAUUUGGAAAUGCAAAGACUGUUAGAAACAACAAUUCGAGCCGUUUUGGCAAGUUCGUCGAGAUUCAGUUCGAUCAGAGGGGAAAGAUUUCAGGUGCUGCAAUCAGAACAUACCUACUUGAGAGGUCUCGCGUCUGCCAACUCUCUGAUCCUGAGAGAAACUAUCACUGCUUUUACAUGCUUUGUGCUGCACCAUCAGAGGUCACUCAAAAAUACAAAUUGGAAAAUCCAAGGACAUUCCAUUAUCUUAAUCAGACCAAUUGCUAUGAGCUUGAAAGCAUAGAUGAUGCAAAAGAAUACCUGGAAACUAGAAGGGCCAUGGAUAUAGUCGGAAUCAGUUCUGAUGAACAGGAUUCCAUUUUCCGUGUUGUUGCUGCUAUUCUUCAUUUAGGAAAUGUUGAAUUUGCCGAGGGACAGGAAGAAGAUUCAUCAGAGCCAAAAGAUGACAAGUCUCGGUUCCAUCUACAAACUGCUGCUGAUCUUUUCAUGUGCAAUGUGAAGGCACUUGAAGAUUCUUUAUGCAAGCGCAUCAUGGUAACACGUGAUGAGAACAUAACAAAAAGCCUUGAUCCAGAAGCUGCUGUGCUCAGCAGAGAUGCCUUGGCUAAAACUGUAUAUUCUCGGUUGUUUGACUGGCUUGUAAAUAAGAUCAAUAAUUCUAUCGGUCAAGAUCCUGAUUCAAAACAAUUGAUUGGAGUUCUCGAUAUAUAUGGCUUCGAAAGUUUCAAGACAAACAGCUUUGAGCAAUUUUGUAUCAAUUUGACAAAUGAAAAACUACAGCAACAUUUUAAUCAGCAUGUUUUUAAACUGGAACAAGAAGAGUAUACAAAAGAAGAAAUCGAUUGGAGUUAUAUUGAGUUUGUGGAUAAUCAGGAUAUUCUUGAUCUCAUUGAAAAGAAACCGGGUGGGAUCAUCGCACUUCUGGAUGAGGCUUGUGUAUUGCCAAGAUCAACACAUGACACAUUUGCUCAGAAGCUAUAUCAGAUGUUUAAAGAAAACAAGCGCUUUAGCAAGCCAAAACUAGCACGCUCAGACUUUACCAUUUGCCACUAUGCUGGUGAUGUCACAUAUCAAACAGAAUUGUUUUUGGACAAGAACAAAGAUUAUGUUAUUGCAGAGCAUCAAUCUCUUUUGAAUGCUUCCAAGUGCUCUUUCAUAUCUAGUCUAUUUCCAGCUCUUUCUGAUGACUCAUCCAAGUCUUCGAAGUUUUCAUCAAUAGGUUCAAGAUUCAAGCAACAACUGCAAUCUCUCCUUGAAACUCUAAGUGCGACAGAGCCACACUAUAUCCGUUGUGUCAAACCUAAUAAUCUCUUGAAGCCUUACAUAUUUGAGAAUACUAAUGUUCUCCAACAACUCCGAUGUGGGGGUGUAAUGGAAGCAAUUAGGAUAAGCUGUGCUGGAUAUCCAACAAGGCGGACAUUUGAUGAAUUUAUAGAACGGUUUGGUGUCCUCUUACCUAAUUCACUGAAAGGAAGUUCUGAUGAAGUGACCCUUUCAAAGAAGCUUUUGGAGGCAGCUGAACUUGAAGGUUACCAGGUAGGGAAAACAAAGGUUUUUCUUCGGGCUGGCCAGAUGGCAGAACUGGAUGCACGUAGGAAUUCUUUGUUAGGAAGAUCUGCUAGUAUCAUUCAAAGAAAAGUUCGCUCUUAUUAUGCUCGUAAAAGUUUCCUCACACUGCAAAAAUCAGCUAUAGGGAUUCAAUCUGUAUGCAGAGGACAACUUGCACGGCAACUUUAUGAAAACACGCGCAGAGAGACUGCUUCUUUGAGGAUCCAAACAUAUUUUCGCAUGCAAUUUCAAAAGCAAGCUUACAAAAGUCUGUAUUCUUCAUCCAUUGUUAUUCAAGCUGGUUUACGUGGAAUGGCGGCUCGUAAGCAGCUUGACUUCAGGCGUCAGACAGUAGCUAUGACUAUCAUUCAGAGUCAUUGUCGCCGGUACUUGGCACAAUUGCAUUAUUCUAGAAUAAGGAAAGCAGCAAUAACUACUCAAUGUGCUUGGAGAAGAAGGCUUGCUAGAAAAGAGUUACGAAAGCUUAAAAUGGCUGCAAAAGAAACAGGUGCUCUCCAAGCUGCCAAAACUAUGUUGGAGAAACAAGUAGAGGAGCUAGCAAGUCAUCUAGAGCUGGAGAAAAGCAUGAGGGCUGACAUGGAGGAAGAAAAUGCAAAGUUGCAAUCUGCCCUGCAGGAGAUGCAACUGCAAUUUGAAGAAACUAAAGAUCUUCUGAUUAAAGAGCGUGAUGUUGCUAGGGAGGCUGCUGAAGAGCUCGCUGCUGAGAAUGAAAAGCUUAAGCUACCAGUUGAUCCCAUUAUAAAAGAGGUCCCUGUUAUUGAUACAACUUUGAUGGAUAAACUCACUGCUGAAAAUGAAAGGCUUAAGGAUUUGGUGAGUUCUCUAGAAAAGAAAAUUGGUGAAACUGAAGAAGAACUCGCUUCUGAGAAAGAAAAGCUUAAGCUCUCAAUUGAUCCCAUUAUAAAUGAGAUCCCAGUUGUUGAUACAGCUUUGAUGGAUGAGCUUACUGCUGAAAAUGAGAAGCUUAAGGAUUUAGUGAAUUAUCUUGAAAAGAAGAUUGAUGAAAGUGAAGAACUCGCUCAUGAAAAUGAAAAGCUUAAGCUCCCAGUUGAUCCUUUCAUAAAGGAGGUCCCGGUUGUUGAUACAGCUUUUCUGGAUAAACUCACCGCUGAAAAUGAACAGCUUAAGGAUUUGGUGAGUUCCCUUGAAAAGAAGAUUGAUGAAAGUGAACGACUCACUGCUGAAAAUGAAAAGGUCAAGUUCCCAGUUGACCACACUGUAACAGAGGCCCCAUUAGAUACAGCUUUGAUGGAUAAACUCACUGCUGAAAAUGAACAGCUUAAGGACUUGGUGAGUUCUCUUGAAAAGAAGACUGAGGAAAGUGAGCAACUCACUUAUGAAAAUGAAAAGCUCAAGCCAGUUGAUCACAUUAUAACAGAGGUCCCAGUUGUUGAUACAGCUUCAAUGGAUAAACUCACCACUGAAAAUGAACAGCUUAAGGAAUUGGUGAGUUCUCUUGAAAAGAAGAUUGAUGAAACUGAAAAGAGGCUUGAAGAAACAACAGAAGUUAGUGAGAAAAGGCUUAAGAAGGCUCUGGAAGCUGAAUCAAAGAUAAAUGACCUGAACAAUUUAUUGCAUAGGCUUCAAGAAAAAUUAUCUAAUCUGGAAUCUGAAGAUAAAAUUCUUCGGCAACGCAUGCGUGCACAUUUGUCACCUGCACCCUCUGGAAAAAAUAAUUUGGAGAAUGGUCAUCAUGUUAUUGAUGAACAUAAGGAACCUCCUAAUAAGAGUUACGGAAAAUCUGAUUCUAGGUUGAGGAGAUCACAUGUUGAAGCACAACCAGUGUUAUCUACACCAGAAACUGUCGACGCCCUUCUCAAAUGUGUUGGUCAAAAUAUUGGGUUUAGUGAAGAAAGGCCAGUUGCUGCAAUUACCAUAUAUAAAUGUCUACUCCAUUGGAGAUCUUUUGAAGCUGACAGAACUAGUGUUUUUGAUCGACUUAUACAUAUGAUUGGUUCUCAAAUACCCUCCAACACACACAAAAAAAAUGAGGAAACAAAUCAUCUUGGUUAUUGGCUGUCAAAUGCGUCUACUUUACUGUUCUUGCUACAUAAAAGUAUUAAACCUCCAGGAUCCGGGAAACCUCCCGCACCAACAUCGCUAUUUGGGAGGAUGACUCAAAGCUUCCGAGCUUCUCCCUCAUCAUCAAACCUUCCUUUUGAUGCGUUGAGUGUUAUACGCCAUGUUGAGGCCAAGUAUCCUGCCAUACUUUUCAAGGAGCAGCUUGCAGCUUAUGUGGACAAGAUAUUUGGAAUGACCCGUGAGAAUACAAAAAAAGAGAUUGCUCCCUUGCUUUCUUUGUGCAUGCAGGCAUCAAGAAUGGCAAAGGCAGAUGCGCUUGAAGGAUCUGAGGAUUUAUCUGGCAAUCAGGGUGAAAGUAGGCCUUGGCAGAGCAUUAUAGAGAGUUUGAAUAAGCUUCUGCAUACAUUAGAAGAGAACUUUGUGACUGCAGCUCUGGUUCAGAAAAUGUUUGCUCAGAUUUUCUCCUUCAUCAAUGUACAGCUCUUCAACAGUCUCCUUUUACGUCGUGAGUGCUGCUCUUUUGGCAAUGGAGAGUACAUAAAGUCGGGUUUAGAAGCACUGGAGCUAUGGUGUGGACAAACAAAAGCAGAGAAUACUGGGUCAUCUUGGGAUGAACUUAAACACACAAGGCAAGCUGUGGGAUUCUUGGUGAUAUUUCACAAAGCUAGGGUUACCUAUGACGAUAUAGCCAAUGAUCUGUGCCCAACAUUGAGUGUGCAGCAGCUUUACAGAAUUUGCACCCAGUACUGGGAUGACAAAUAUGACACCCAAAGUGUUUCAACAGAUGUUCUAUCCAACAUGAGGGUAUUAAUGACAGAGGAAGACGAUGAUGCAGAAACACCUUCCUUCUUGUUGGAUGACCUAUCUAGCAUGCCCUUCUCAAUUGAGGACAUGACAAGUACUGUACCAGAGAAGAUCUUCAGGGAUGUACCACCAGUAUCUGAGCUUCUCGAGAACCCAGCCUUCCAAUUUUUACAGGAAUGAGGCAGUUUGAACCUCGAGUACUCUCUAAUUUGUUUCAUUCAUUGCCACGGCGAUUGCCUCUGGAGCAGCAAAAAUGGUUGCUUCUUCUCAAAUGUUGUAAAUCCAUUCAUUUCCCCCAUAAUGUUAUGUAAAGUUCAUUUUUCCACAUUAGUAUUCAUAGGACUUUUAGAGGCCAGUGUCAGUGAGGCCGGGUUGAAUUUUUGCCCCCCUGUAGCAUAGCUUUUUCAUUCCGGUUCCGAGGUGGGGAAAGCUCCAAAAAUCCCUCUUGGCAUUGUAAAGUAAUCGGUUAUUGUAUAAAUAAAUAAAUAAGAAUCACGAGCAGGUAUUCAAAUAGAAUGAGAAUGCCUGACCUUGUUACUGUUAUAGUAGUU